GUCUUGUCUCUGUCUCUGGCCAAGAAGCCCAUCAAGUGGAAAUGUGCAUUCCACUGAUUUCCAGAGCAGAUCUGUACGAUAUCGCCUUGGUGGCUGGCAUCAAGACGAUAAUCAGACAGAUGGAGGGUUUCAACGAGGAUAAGCCUCUCUCCACGGACCUGAUUGCCCAGAUCACCAAUAUGGCGUCCAACUAUUUUCUGGGCGGCAGGAAUGUUAGAUUCGUCCUACAGAUGCUAUUCCUGGCCUGCAGAAUUAACAAGCCACGCCCGGGCCAAAAGCCGGAGUAUGACGUCGAGGCAGAUGCGGAGAAAAGCUUCGUGUGCCUCUUGCAGAACAAAGUGGAAAAGUGCUACUCGUAUAGCUACAACCCCGAGGAGGACAUAUAUCCGGAGAUAGAUAAAGACAAGAAGCCAGAGAGUGCUGGAAAUGCAACUGUUGCUGCGAGGAGUUGGAAAGUGGGGCACGCUCGUCCUCGGUUCAGAUCGAUUGCAUCAUCAUCGGGGCAUCAUCAUAAAAAAAGAUUCCAUUUUUAGAUUUUUGCAUUUAAUAAGUGUAUUAAAACCAUUUCAAAUGUUUCUCCUUCUCGGGCACUCAGCAAAUUAAAAAGCAAAACUAAAAAAAA